CCGGACAAAAACGAUUCGAUAAGCGAUGCGUCUUCGGUUUUCGAAAUUUCCGAUCGUUCUGAUAGCGAUCUGGAGCGUCCUCCGAGUGUUUGGCAAGGAGCAGCGUUUCCCACCGGAAAUAUCGGCAAAGCUGAACGAGUACUGGAACUCGUACAAGGCUCGUUACAACAAGAGUUACUCCGGAAGCGAGGAGACCGACCGAAGGGCGAGUUGGGAGGAGAAUCUAGUGACUAUCUACAAGCAUAACAUGAUGGCAGCUGCCGGUCAUCAUAGCUACACUUUGAGAGACAAUCACAUCGCCGAUCUCGGAACCAGACAGUACGUUCGAGAAAUGGUGAAACUGAUUCCGAGUCGCAAGCGUCGAGUGUCGACGGACAGCGUUGUAGGAGCGGCACUAAGCGAUCCUGGCCUCGUUCCCUCGCGAAUCGACUGGCGCGAACUCGGCUUCGUCACUCCGGCCGAAAAUCAGAGGAACUGCGGAAGUUGUUACGCCUAUUCGAUAGCUGGCAGUAUCCAAGGGCAAAUUUUCAAGCGAACCGGUGCGUUGAUCCCGCUCAGCGAACAGCAACUGAUCGACUGCAGCACGUCGACCGGCAAUUUGGGUUGUUCCGGGGGAUCUCUGAGAAAUACCUUGAGAUAUCUGGAGAAGGCGAAAGGAUUAAUGAGUCAAGCUUAUUAUCCUUACAAAGCGAAACAAGGCCGGUGUCGUUUUCAAGAGGACUUGAGCGUCGUGAACGUGACCUCGUGGGCGGUGUUACCGGCACGCGACGAGAAAGCUUUGGAAGCUGCCGUAGCGACGAUAGGCCCGAUAGCUGCUUCGGUAAACGCCAGCCCGAGGACGUUUCAACUUUAUCACAACGGAGUUUACGACGACGAACUUUGUAGCUCGGACAUGGUGAAUCACGCUGUGCUGAUCGUCGGUUAUACGCCGACCGAAUGGAUUCUGAAAAACUGGUGGGGCGACGGAUGGGGUGAAAAUGGUUACAUGCGUCUGGCUAAGAUGAAAAAUCGCUGUGGCGUAGCCAAUUACGCGGCGUACGCAAAAGUAUAACACUUGGAAUAUCGAGGAUGCUAUACGUAACAACGAUUAAACUUCGUAACGACCUACCGUCUUUUAUUUCGUCCCUGUUCCUUCUUUCGGACAGCGCCCAAGUCGAACACGAGAAUCUCCUCCGGCGCGGCGAGAGGAGGGUCGAUCCAACUACCUGUUGGACGCUUUCCGAGCCACUAAUCGGCCCGCGUACGCGAACGCUUCGGUCGUCGAAAGUGCGUCUACCUAACGACCGAUUGCUUAUCUGUUUAUCGGCUAAUCGGUUCAUUGGUUCAUCGGUUCGUCGGUUCAUCGGUUUAUCCGGGCGAGACGCGUAACGGGCUCUCGUUCCUGAUUCGGAAUUCGAGCCAGUCGCAAAUCGACAGCGCGCUCGUGUUUUCAAUUCGCGUAAGCUACGAACCGACCGUGGUCGAUGCUCGAAACGAGGAAAAGGAAGUCGCGUCGCCUCGGAGGAGAGAUCCGCGAGCGACGAUAUAAAAAGCGUGCAGGGUGAACGGGCGAACGAGAUACCGAGUAAUUUGGAAUUCUCCGAGAUCGCGGAGAUCGCGAGCAAGCGCUCGAGAAUGUAGGUGAAAAAGCCAAGAAAGAAAAGCAUGUUCGUGGCGCGUGUUUCCACCGACGAUAUCAGAACGAUUCGUCUUCGUCCAAUCCGCUGUAUCCCCCCGCUUAUGGAGCAAAGUUCAGACUGUACCGAGAACCGAUGCGUGACUAAACCAUCUCGACGAUGCGUCUUCAGUCUUCGUGAACGAGUUGCUUGGAUGGUCGCUCGGAUAGGCGGAUAGAAAACGAUCGGUCGACAUAAAAAAGCCGUUGCGCCGUGGCGUGUCUCGUGAGUCUCAGGAAUCCUCCGAAAACGAAACCGUUCGACGCUGGAACGGACGUGUCCGUUGACCGAGGAAAUUUCGCGAGUCGCGGGACCGGACGCGAGAAAGAUGCGGAUGCGCGAACGGAAAGUGUCGUUGGACGAGACGAGUUCGAGUUAACGCGAUCGGUGUUGCGGGGAAACGAGGAGACGGAAAGAAAGAACGAACGAUCGAUAAACGAGCGUGACUCGAUGGGAAAGAAACGGGUGCUCCACGAUCGGCGCUCAUCUCCGAAGGCAUUCGAAAGAAAGAAUCAGUGAAAGUUUGCAGAAAAACCAAGAGAGAGAGAGAGAGUGUGUGCGCGAGUGUGUGAGUGCGUGCGUGCGUGUGUGGGAGAGAGCGAGUGAGCGAGAA